AAUAUAAUUUAUAUGCGUGCAGAAUUUGCAAUGCAAUAACUAGCGCAAGAUCAAGAAGGAUCGAGAUCGAGAGCACACUCGCUGUCACAUUUCAGCAAUUCUGAGUGCAAUGGGCAAGCGGGAUCGUAAAGACGUUGAAUCCAAGAAAUCCAAGAAGUAUAGAACAGAGUCUCCUGAAUUAGAAAAUGAUGACACACAAGGACCUGAUGGUACAUACAUUCCUAAGAAUGCCAGUCGCCAGGUAGAGGACCAGGAUGCUGGAGACGAGGAUGAGUUCGGUGCUAAAGAUUAUCGUGGUCAGAUGGAACUCAAGAAGGACCAUGGUUCCAGACCUUUGUGGUUGGCACCUGAUGGACAUAUCUUUCUAGAAUCCUUCUCACCAGUCUACAAACAUGCUCAUGACUUCCUUAUAGCGAUAUCGGAACCAGUUUGCAGACCAGAAAACAUCCAUGAGUACAAACUGACUGCGUACUCCUUGUAUGCUGCAGUGUCUGUAGGUCUACAGACCAGUGACAUCAUAGAAUACUUGAGAAGACUAAGCAAGACUACUAUCCCUAACGGCAUUGUAGAAUUCAUCAAGCUUUGUACUCUGAGCUAUGGCAAAGUGAAGCUGGUCCUGAAGCACAACAGAUACUUUGUAGAGAGUCCAUUUCCUGAUGUAUUACAGAAGCUUUUGAAGGAUUCAGUUGUACAGCAGUGUCGUCUGAGAUCAGAUGUUGACGAAGAAGCAAAUGAAGAUGGCUUUCUUGUAUCACAGAGGGCAGCAGGCGGCUCUUCUGUACUCAAGCUGAAUGCACCAAACUCCAAAGGAAAACCCAACGAAGCAUCUGAUUCUAAGGAUGCAGAAGGAGGAGAUGGAGGAGGAGGAGAAACAGAGAAGAUACCAACGGAUAUCUUUGAUUUCUACGAUAAAAUAGACAAGGAAGAUGAAGACGGAGACGAUCUUACUGCCGUCUCUUUUGAAGUCGUUCAAGAUGAAAUUGAAAACUUGCAAAAGAGAUGUAUUGAGUUAGAGUACCCUCUGUUAGCCGAGUACGACUUCAGGAAUGACACCAGGAAUCCGGAUCUGAGCAUUGAUUUGAAGCCAACUGCCGUCCUACGCCCGUACCAAGAGAAGAGCUUAAGGAAGAUGUUUGGUAAUGGCAGAGCUAGGUCAGGGGUCAUCGUACUUCCAUGUGGUGCUGGCAAGACGUUGGUCGGAGUGACUGCCUCCUGUACGGUGAGGAAGCGUUGUAUGGUGCUCUGUACGUCAGGAGUAGCAGUAGAGCAGUGGAGAUCUCAGUUCAGAAUGUGGUCUACCGUAGAUGAUUCCAUGAUCUGCAGGUUUACAUCAGAUGCUAAGGAUAAACCCAUGGGCUGCAGUAUCUGUAUCAGUACAUACUCCAUGGUCGCACAUUCGACCAAGCGCUCAUGGGAAGCAGAUCAAGUUAUGCAGUGGCUUCAAUCUCAGGAGUGGGGACUCAUGAUCUUAGACGAGGUGCAUACGAUCCCAGCCAAGCAGUUCCGGCGGGUCCUGACCCAGGUCCAGGCCCACUGCAAGCUAGGACUAACGGCUACUCUGGUCCGAGAGGAUGACAAGAUUGCAGACCUGAACUUCUUAAUCGGUCCCAAGCUCUACGAGGCUAACUGGAUGGAGCUACAGAACAAAGGUUUCAUUGCCAGAGUACAGUGUGCGGAGGUCUGGUGCCCCAUGGCUCCAGAGUUCUUCAGAGAGUACCUGGCCAUCAGGACUAGGAGAAGAUUGUUGUUGUAUGUGAUGAAUCCAAACAAGUUCCGAGCAUGCCAGUUCCUGGUGAGAUUUCACGAGCAGCGGAACGAUAAAGUGAUCGUCUUCUCAGAUAACGUGUUCGCUCUCAAGCACUACGCCAUAGCCAUGGGGAGACCAUAUAUCUAUGGGCCUACCAGUCAAGGGGAGCGAAUGCAGAUUCUGCAGAACUUUCAACACAACCCUGCUGUCAGCACAAUCUUCAUCUCCAAAGUAGGUGACAAUUCCUUUGAUCUACCUGAGGCCAACGUCUUGAUCCAGAUUUCAUCUCAUGGUGGUUCUAGAAGGCAAGAGGCUCAACGUCUAGGUCGUAUCCUCAGAGCAAAGAAAGGUUCCAUUGCAGAGGAAUACAAUGCGUUCUUCUAUACACUGGUCUCACAAGACACCCAAGAGAUGUUCUAUUCACUCAAGAGACAAAGAUUCCUUGUCAAUCAAGGAUAUAGCUUCAAGACUAUCACCAAGCUAGCUGGCAUGGAACAGGAGAACCUGAAGUACUCCACCAAACAGGAGCAGCAGCAGCUCUUACAGCAGGUACUAGCUGCUACUGACGCUGAUGCGGAAGAAGAAAUAGUACCUGGAGAUCUCAAAACUGGCUCUCGGGUGGUUCGUCGUGUCGGUAACAUGAGCUCAAUGUCCGGUGCUGAUGAUCAAGUCUACAUGGAAUACCAGUCAAAGAACAAGAGUGUGCAUCCACUCUUCAAGAAAUUCAGAAGGUGAUACCAGUUCUACAAGAGACUAGUGAUGCUAUUCUGAGAUGCCAUAUGAAGAACUGACUGGAUGCCUUGGCCUAACUCAUCUAAAAGUUGUACAUUGGAACCUACAUAUAAAGACUGCUCGAGGGAGACAUAAAAAGUGGUCUUUAUAGACAGGUGGCUUACGCAUCUCAUACCAUAUGAAAGACAGACUCGAUGCCAGGGCUUACCGAUCUCAAAGUUGUACAGUGAAGCCUGCAUAUAAAGGUCGCUCAAGGGAAAAAUGGAAAUUGGUCUUAAUAAGCAGGUGGCUUGCUCAUCUCAUACCAUAUGAAGGACAGACUCGAUGCCAGGUCUUACCGAUCUCAAGUUUGUACAGUGGAGCCUGCAUAUAAAGGUCGCUCAAGGGAAACAUGAAAAUUUGUCUUUAUAGGCAGGUGGCUUACUCAUCUCAUACCAUAUGAAGAACAGACUGGAUGCCAUGGCUCACUCAUCUACAAGUUGUACAGUGGAACCUGCAUAUAAAGCCCGCUCGAGGGAAGCAUGAAAAUUGGUCUUUAUAGGCAGGUGAUCUUUUAAAGCAGGUUUGACUGUACUAGAUUACGGAAUGUGUAAUUACCUUUACUAACAAACUUGCUUGUUGUUCAUUUGUAAAAGAUUUGGAGACCAUAUUCAUGUUGAUCAAUGAUAAGCAGUCGGUGUGGCUCAGUGAGUAAAGCAGAUAUCUCGCAACAGGGUUGUUUCCACUAAAAAACUAAGUUAGUAGUUGAGGUUUUAUUUGACUGCUAAGAGAAGCCCCUGUAUCAAGUAAGCAAACAAGGGGACCAGCAGCUUUUAGUUCUCUUAUAGGGAUCAAAGGGCACCAGUGAAUCCACUUGAUUUCUAAUCUGGAUUUUCCCGGUUACGAGACCACUGCUCUACCGCUGAGCCAUCUCGCCCAAUCAAUUACCAAGUCUACAGGAUAGGACAUGAAGCCAUGGGUCCCCUGGUUGUUUAUCUAGUAGCAAACCUGCUUUGGUACCAGCCAGACAAUAUUAUCAUCGGUUUAUUACUGUUUGGUCUACAACCAGUUCGUCUAAUAUCCACAUGGUGUAAUAAUCAUUUUGUCCACUUAUCAUUUGGUCCAAUGCCAAUUUAGGCUAAUAUUCAUUUAGUCUAAUCUUCAAUAAGUCUAUUACCCAUUUGGUCUAUUGCUCAUUUAGUCUAUUUUCCAGUUUGUCUUAUGCCCGUUGUGUCUACCGGUACUAUCCUUAUGGAUUGAUAAUCAACUAGUAAGCAAAUAUUAAUCGACUACGAGGGUAAUGGUGCAAACUAUCAUCGCUGAGGUGAUCUCGGGACUACUAUCUUCCCGAGCCGCAAGGGAAGAUGGUAGCCCCGAGAUCACCGAGGCGAUGAUAGUUUGUAUCCAUUGCCCGAGUAAAGGAGGUUAA